AUGGCAGAAGGAGGCUGUGUGCAGGCCGAGGAGGACGACCCGGCUCUGUUCCGGGGCAGCGGCGUCUGCAAGUGGUUCAACGUGAGGAUGGGCUUCGGCUUCCUGUCCAUGAGCAGCAGGGAUGGAGCUCCUCUGCAGACACCGCUGGAUGUGUUCGUCCACCAGAGCAAACUGCACAUGGAAGGCUUCCGCAGCCUCAGAGAAGGUGAGACGGUGGAGUUCACCUUCAAAAAAUCAUCCAAAGGGCUGGAGUCUGUAUGGGUCACUGGGCCUGAUGGAGCACCAUGUCUGGGCAACGAGAGGAGACCAAAGAGUGCUCAGAAACGACGUUCUAAGGGUGACAAAUGCUACAACUGUGGAGGUCCCGGCCAUCAUGCCAAAGAGUGCCAGCUGCCCCCUCAGCCCAAAAAGUGCCACUUCUGCCAGAGCGUUUCCCACAUGGUGGCCAGCUGUCCAGUCAAAGCACAGCAGCAGCAGCAGUCAUCUCUGGGCUCUCCGGGCGUGGCAGCCUCACAGAGGGUGGAGGAAACUCCAACCACCUGCUCUGACGACUCUGAGUGA